AUGACGGACAUCAUUAGUAUCAUCGAGUCGGUCCUUGGAACAAAUCCGGCAAUGCUGAAGUUUGCAGCGUGGUUCAUCAUCUGGAUGAUGUCCAGCAUUGUCUAUUUGCCUGCGUCCAUUCCAAGCUUCUUCUCCUUCCGCAUGAAGCUUCAAAGCCACAAAGUGAUGUUGGACCAAAUGGCAGGUUUCGAUGUGCGCGCGGCAGAAUGUACCCUGCCUGCUGAUCGAGAG